UACUUAUUUGAAAAAAAUUACGCGUACUUUCUUAUCUGCACAAAGCGACCAUUCAUUUAUUUCUUCUAAAAGUGAAGCAAUCCUCAUGGCUGGAAACGAUGCAAUAGAAGAAAGCUACCAAAAUCAUCCACGGCCAAUUUGACAAUAUCCAUCAAUCCCUCUGAAAAAUUCCAACAAUUUGCUCAUUUUGAAUGACCGCAUCAAUGCCAAUGUCAAUGACAGUCUCAUUCUGCUCACCUCUUAAUCUCAAUGGUAGCCACCUUCAUAUUAUUUCUCAUUCCUCUUCACAGAAAAUUGCCUCUCAUCACACUUAUUCAGUCACACUCACCAAAGAGCUAAAAUGGUCCCCUCACACAAUAAUUACAGGCAUGCAAUCCCGUACCAGGCUUCGUGCAGCAUCUUCAGACAACAAUGCUGAGGAUAAUAAGGAACCAGCCUCAAUUUCUGAUACUUCCAGAGAUGAUUUAGCUGCAAAGUUGGCAGCAGCUGAAGCAGAGGCAGAAGCUUUAAGAAGGGAGUUGGCAGAAAGGAAAGGCAACAGAGAUAUAGAUCUUUCGAAACUAAAGCCUGCAAUACCUGAAAAGCGUAUUGAUGGGGUAGGAUAUCGGGAAACCAUUUUCUCAGCACCUGGGAAGGCUAUGGGUACAGAAGUGGAACAGCCUAGCAAAUGGGGUCUCUCAGAAGCCGAGUUAUUUCUCUCAAAGGGUGCACCGUCAGAAAGGACACAAAUAGGCAGUUCUCCCAUAGAAGAUAAUUCAAAGGAAAUUGUUGCACGGCGCUUACUUAUUGGGAGUGGGCUUGCACUCUCAGCGAUUGGUCUAGCCUAUUUUAAACUUCCGGCAGGGUUGGUCAAGCCUUCAAAGCCUCUUUUCGUUUAUGUUAUUCCUAUACUUCAACUUAGAGAGCAACUAAUGACUAUUGAAAACUUUGCCUCAGAUGUAAAUUUGGUGAGAUUCCAACUGAAGAAAAUAAACGAUUCUGAUGAUUUUUCAAAGGACACAUUUCUCAGUGCUGCAGGGUACCUUGAAGGUGCUGAUAGAGAUACUGCAUCAUCCAUUACCUAUUCCAUCUUUGAUUAUUUGAAUCAAGCAUCAAAUGGAGAUCCCGGAGUUGUAAGAUCAAGCAAGGACAAGGGCGACCUCCUCCAGCCUAGCAUCGACAAGGACGGCCUUCUUUGGACUAACGUCGACAAGGGCGACCUCUUCUCCAAUCCAGUAUUCCAAGGCGAGGCAGAUUACAACAAAUAUUUUGACUACAUGGGACAACCACCGGUUUCACAACAAUUGGACUUCUUAAAAUUCAGUCUCAAGUCAAUCCAGGCUGCCAGGGAACAGAUUGACAAGUUCUUGUCACUUAUACCACAAGAAGAGUUACAAGCUGCGAAAUCUCAAAUUAUGCGGAACAUGGAUUAAAUAUGACACGUGAAAGAUGAUAAUUAUAUUAUAUUACAUUGAUGUUUGGAAGACCAGGAACUUCUGAAGCAUGAUGAAAAGCACCGGGAUUUCUUUACAAAAUAUCCCUUGAUCUCAAGCUAUGUUUUUUGUAUAUCAACAUUUAACUGAUGAAGAAGCUUUCUCACACUGCUGAAUGAAUUACAGGAGCAUUUAGAUAAGAUUUUACUCUCCAUGAGCUACAAUAAUAUGACAAGCAGCUUGAUACUGCAUUUAUUUGGUCAUCCAUUAUGCAGAAUUUUCAAUUCACAAGACAAAGAACUUAAGAAAAAUACAUUCUUUGGAACAAGAGUAGCAAUUUAUGGUUCUUAACAUGCAAAUGCACGCAUUCAUGCGUUUGCUGCAUGUAUGUCUGAGAGAUGCAUUUGCAGACUUUUCUUCCGCUCAACCCACAUUACACAUUAUGUCAAACAUCAAUGUAAAAUUCAUCAGAGGAGAAUUAAAUUCCAUCCUACAUAUAAAUUCAAAAGCAUGAUUAUUUUUUAAUGAAAUAUAUCAUUUAUAUGCUGCAUUGUUGAAA